AUGUGGGUGUUGCUGGCAAUAAUAUGUUUAAUUCAACAAACUGUCGCUUCAGAACAAUUCAGAAGUGGAAGACAUUUGAAUCCUCAAGCAUUUAUGACUAUUCCUCAAAUUAUCCAAUAUUGGGGUUACCCCAGUGAAGAAUAUGAAAUCCUGACAAAAGAUGGUUAUUAUCUGAAGGCAAACAGAAUUCCUUAUGGAAUCCAUGGUCCUGGGAAGAUAGGGUGUAGACCAGUUGUAUUACUCGUGCAUGGUUUGCUUGCUGAAGGGAGGUGUUGGAUUGCAAAUAUCCCUAGCAAUAGCCUGGGAUUUUUUUUAGCAGAUGCUGGCUAUGAUGUUUGGAUAAUUAAUACUAGGGGGAGCUCCUAGUCUAGAAGACACCAAAAGUUUUCAAUUGACCAGCAAGAAUUCUGGGAAUUCAGUUUUCAUGAAAUAGCAAUAUAUGAUAUUCCAGCAACAAUUGACUUAAUCCUGCAUAAGACUAAACAAGAAAAACUGUAUUAUAUUGGCCAUUCGCAAGGUGGGACACUGGGUUUUAUUACUUUUUCAGUCAUUCCAGAACUGGCUCCAAAAGUCAGUUGCUAUUUUUCCUUGGCACCUGGCUACACCUUGGUAAAUAGCAAGGGUCUUUUCUAUAUGCUUGUGGCAUUUCCUGAUGGACUCAGGCAACUUAUAUGGGGUACUAAAGAAUACUGCCUUUUCAGCCUGAAAUUGAAAGCUGCCAUCGCCAACUUGUGCAGUAAUCCAGGGUUUGACAAGUUGUGUCUCCAAACUCUUUCUCUUGGUGUAGGAUUUAAUGAAAAAAACACAAAUAUAAGUCGAGCAGAUGUUUAUCUGGGAAUCUUUCCUGACUUUUCAUCUGUAAAAGCAGUAACUCACUGGGGUCAGGUUACCAAUUCACACAAAUUUAGGUAUUUUGACUAUGGGUGUAAGAAUGAAGUCAUUUACAAUAUGACCACACCACCAUUUUACAUUAUAGAAGAGAUGUUUGUGCCAACAGCAAUGUGGAGUGGUAGAAAUGAUAUUAUGGAAGAUGUAAGCGAUAUUCAGCUCUUGCUCCCUCGAAUCCCUCAUUUAGCUUUCUAUAACCAUAUUCCUGACUGGCAACAUCUGGAUUUUAUCUUUGGCCUUGAUGCUCCAGAGCGCCUCUAUCCUGAUAUCCUUCAUCUGAUGGAGAAGUAUAAAUAA